AUGGCGGAGGGCGGCGAGGUGGCGGUGGUGCCAAGCGAGUGCCACGGUUUCGAUGAGUGCGAAUGCGAGGAGAUCGAGUUCGUGGACGACGUGGUGCUGUUCACGUUCUUCAUGCUCUUCCUGGGGCUGGUGGCCAAGCAUCUGCUGCGCGGCAUACCCAUUCCCUACACGGGCAUGCUGCUCAUCAUGGGCCUCGCCUUCGGCUUCGUGCACACAAGCCUGCGCCCGGACAAGGGCGACCUGCUGUGUGAGUCGCGGCUGGAGGCCUGCUGCGAGGAGCACACCGUGUGGCGGCGGGGCUACCGGUACCUGGGGCGCGGCAUAGAGGGCUGGGUAUCGAUCGAGCCGGAGCUGCUGCUCCUCAUCCACCUGCCGGCGCUCAUCUUCGCCAGCGCCUUCACGCUGGACUUCCACAUCACCAAGCGCAACAUCUGGCAGAUCCUCAUCCUGGCGGGCCCGGGCGUGGCCGUCGGCAUCGCCCUCACGGCGACCGUGGCCAAGUACGUCUUCCCGUACGACUGGUGUUGGCCCAAGGCGCUGAUGUUCGGCGCCAUGCUCAGCGCGACUGACCCCGUGGCGGUGGUGGCGCUGCUCAAGGAGGUGGGCGCUUCAGCCAUCCUGGGUACCGUCAUCGAGGGUGAGUCGCUCUUCAAUGACGGCACUGCCUUCGUGUUCUUCCUCCUGUUCCGGGACCUCAUCAGGUGGACCACCAGCUGCAACAACGACGAGUGUCACAACGCGUUCGCCAUAGACCCCCGCCUGUGCCCCUGCCUGGACGAUCCCUUGCUAGAGGUGGCAUCUGAGGGAGGGGAGGGUGCUGCCGCGAUGGAGUCCGUUGCGGGAGAGGGCGGCAGGCGCCUGCUGCUGGAGGAGGCCAGGACCUGCACGAACUACUCCAGCGACUUCACGGCCAUCCGUGACUUCCCGGACCGCACCGUGGGGGACUCGAUCGAGUUCUUCGCCCGCCUGGCGCUGGGCGGGCCCGUGGUGGGGAUCGCCUACGGGGUGGCGGCCUCCACGUGGAUAAACUUCGUGUUCAACGACAUGGUUGUGGAGGUGGCCAUCACGUUCAUCACCGCCUACCUGACCUACUACACCGCGGAGGUGCUGCUGGAGAUGUCGGGCGUGCUGUCAGUGGUGGGCCUGGGGAUCACCAUGGCGGUGCUGGCGCGGCCGCGGCUGUCGCCCAAGGCGCACGAGCCCAUGGAGGUGUUCUGGGAGAUGGUGGAGUACUUCGCUAACACGAUGAUAUUCGUGUACGCGGGCGUCCAGAUUGCCGUGGCGCUGAAGGAGGAGGUGGAGGAGGACUUUAUAAGCAGCACGGAGUGGGGCUACGGCUUCCUGCUCUUCCUCUUCCUCCAGGUCAUCCGUCUGGUGACAGUGAUAAUUUGCUACCCCUUCAUGAUCAUGACCGGGUACUACAUACAGUACAAGGAGGCGCUGGUGAUGGUGUGGGGUGGCCUGCGGGGUGCGGUGGGCCUUGCACUGGGCCUGAUUGUUCAGUUGGACUUUCGACGCAUCGACCCCAAGUUCCGAGCCCUGGUGAUAUUCUACAUGGGCUUUAUUGCCGCCCUGACGAUCAUUGUCAACGGCUCCACGAUGGGACAGGUGCUUGCCUUGCUGGGGGUCACAAAGCCUAAGCCCGAGAAGUUGGAGGUGCUGUUGCAUGUGGUCAAAGAAUUGGAGAAAACUGGGGAGGGGUUGGAGUUGGAGCCCGACCCCUUGAUGGGCGAUCCUGACAUAAAGCUGGUGAAGCAGCUGACGUCGUUGGACACGAGCAAGAUCGUCCCGUCCCGUGAGUUGGUGUGCAGAGUGAUGAAGGACGCCGAGAACCAAAACCACCCGGCCGCGCUCGCGCUGGACGAGCAUCUGUCAAAGAGCGUCGACUUGGACAAACUGACGCUCAGCAAGACGCAGGGUAUGCUGUCCAAGGUGAGCCACUUCGUGGUGGCCGCCAAGAAGCCUUCUUCUCGGUUCAGCUUCCACCACAAGUCGCGCAGGAUGGGGGAGGAGAUCACCACGGAGAUGCUUGUGCUGGACUUCCGCUCGCGGCUGCUCACGGGCGUCAAGUCUGAGUAUGGGCACCUGAACGAGGAGGGGGUGCUGGACCCAGACCAGCACUACAGCCUGAAGGAGAGUGCCGACGAGGCGCUGGACGCGGCGGGGAAGCCCCUGAGCGACUGGAGGCACCUGGAGCAUGCGUUGUCUUUCCAGUUCUGGCGCAAGGCGGUGAACCUGGGCGAGAGCGUGUUCCGAUCCGAGUGGAAGAUCAAGGGAUUGGGCAAGCCCGUGCAGAACUUCCUGGACCAGCGCUUCUUUGAGGCACUGGAGCACUCGGCCAUCAUGGCCAAGACGUUCAUCCACGCUCACCAGGAAGCAUGCCACAGCCUACAGGAGUACAUAGAGUUCGUGAAGAAGGAGCAGCAGGCGAACGAGGCCGAGGAGGGCGCCGCGGCCGUCAUCGAGGAUGCCUCCAAGCGUGUGCUCCGCGAGAGCCUCGAGGAGCAGGAGAAGGCGACCGAGUUCCUGCAGAACAUGCGCCGCGCCUAUCCCGAGGUCACCCUGGCCAUCAAGACCAAGCGCACCGCCUGGGAGGUGCUCCACAACAAGCUCAAGUACGUCGACGAGCUCCUCCUGUCCGGCCUGGUGGAGCGGAAGGAGGCCCAGGCGCUGAAGCUGGCCGUGGAGCAGAAGAUCAAGCACCUGAUGUACCACCCGCCGAAGAUGGGCCUGCCGGACUCCUCCACCCUGCUGCGCAAGCACCCGCUGUUCAGCGAGAUGGACGAGGAGGUCUUCAAGCGCGAGGUGCUGCCCAGCGCCUCCCUGCGCCUGUACGCUCUCGGCGAGAAGAUCUUCGAGAUCGGCGAGGUGUCCACGGAGCUGAGCCUCGUCGUCCGCGGCGUGGUGCGCGUGGAGGCCGCCGGGCACGCUCAGUGCGCCGUGCAGCAGGGCACGGGCGCCAUGGUGGGCGUCAGCGAGGUGAUGCUCAACGAGCGGCGGUCGCGCAGCCUGGUCGCCGAGACGGCGGUGGUGGAGGUGUACCAGAUCAACGCGGAGACCUUCCGCGACGUGGUGCAGAAGUACGAGCGCGUGAGGCGGCGGGCUUGGCAGAUGGCCGGCGCGUUCCUGACGCUCAAGAGCCCGUGGGGGCAGUUCGGGGGCAAGACGCAUGCGGAGCUGCAGUCCCUGUUCCGCCAGUCCACGCUGGUGGAGCUGGAGGAGGGCGACAAGGUGUGCGCGGAGACCAAGAGCUUCCUGGUGUUCGGCGCCCUGGAGAGGCCGGGCGAGGGCGAGGAGCGCGCCGUGGUCGUCUCCCCCUCCCCGCUGGCCAAGUUCAUCACCUACACCGCCAAGUCCACGUCCAAGAUCCUGAACCUGCAGGAGCUACCACGCAAGAGCCUUGCGCGCGUGGCGUCCAUGGCCGCCGGCGGCGCAGUGGCCAAGCGCCCCGCGAUCGCGCAGCUCUCCAUGCGCCCCACCGCGCUCACCCGCGCGGCGUCCAUGGGCCCCCGGGCAAUCGGAAUGCACGGCAUUGCCGCGGCGCUGACCGACAUCGCCGAGGGAUCUGGCCCCAGCGAGACCGCCGCCGCUGCCGCGGCUGCGGUGGCGGCCGUGGAUGCGGAGAGGGAGGCGGAGGAGGGAGGCGAGAAGGUGCCGCUGACCAAGGCGGAGUCGGCGCCGUCGUGGCGGCUGCGCCAGGCGGCCGACAGCGCCGACCGCCAGCUGCGGGAGGAGGCGCAGCGCUCGCGCAUGCGGCCACUGGUUACGCGCGCCUCCACGGGCGUCACGCCCGGGCAGGUGUGA